ACAUGCCAGAGGACGAGAAUCUGGAAGCGUUCUGGAUUGACUUUAAUCUAGGAAGUCAAAGCAUCUCUUUUUACUUCUGUGUGGCUGAUAAGAAUGCACAGGAUGGCCAGUGGAGCACUCUGUGUAUAGUUGAAAACGAGGUCCAGAGUUACACAGUAGAAGAGGAAAAUGGCAAGAAGGUUCUUCAUCUGAUUCUGACUGAACAAAUCAGCAUUGACAGCUUAGAGGGCUCCAGAGUCACCAUCAAAUUCAGCUCAUCUCUAGACAUCCUGCGAGCCACUGAGAGUGUUUAUGGUCAGGCUAAGAACAGGACGUUUUUUAGGAAGACCUCUAUUGUAAAAACACCUGUUCACGUCAACCUAAGUUCACAGGAAAGUUCACAGGUUUUUGUCGCUGAAAGUCAAGUGUCCCCCUCUCUGUGUGUAGAGGGAAGAGGGUCAUUGUCAGUCAAGCAUAGCAUUCCCUGCCAGCCUCCCGCACAUCCAACACCAGAUAUAAACAAUGUCCCCCAACAGAUGGUAACCCCUAUAAAGAUGAAGGUGUCUGAGUCUUGCACGUAUAUCUCUGGCAGUGUGGGGAGUAAACAGGGAAGCUGUUCCUCCAUCUGUGUGCUGCCUGCAGUGUCAAAGCCAAUGGUGAAACCAGCUCUUCAGAUGAUGAGCUCUUCAGAGAGAAAGAAGGAGAUUGAGCUUAGAGAACUCAUGAUGCCCAAAACAUCUUCCAAGGUGUCUUCUCUUAGUUUUCAGUGUGAGAAUAACCAAAAGAAGCCCCAUACAAUUCAAGCACAGUCGACCCCUGCUGCUCAUAAUGGGUUCAGAAAUUUGGUCUAG